AUGAAGUCACGAAGCAUGGAAAACACCAACCAUAUCUUCGGUACUGGCAGCAGCAAGGAAUCCGAUUUACUGAACGCUUUUUCUUCGGCGUUAGACGGUUCGUGCCAAGAGCUCAAUUGUAACGAUCGCUCUUUGGAUAUUGACUGGAAUGACCAAUACCAGAUCUCGCAUAACGAAGUCAUCACACCGUUCUUCGAGAACGUUUUCAACCAAUCGAACUCAAUCCAACCACAUGUAGAUCUGCUCAAAUUCAAUACCCAAUUGAGACCCGAAUUUAUAUUGAAUACUCCUCCUGCGGUGCCGGAUAGCUGGUCCUUUAUAGACUGGAGAAUUACGGGGCAGCCUGGCCCAUAUAUUCCAAAUGCAACGACAGAUCCAGGCUCCACUCCCGGUAUCGAGAGUGGAGCAGGAACUAGCAGCAGGGAUCCCAAUCACAGUCACCAUGCUUCACCAAGCGAAAGUGCAGCUGCAGCCGACAGGUCCAGAAGCAGGACAUCUAGGCGAAUAGACCAUUACCGCAUCGAGAAGAAGUACCGAACGAACAUCAACGAUAAGAUCCGCCUGUUAGAUGAGAUGCUGCCAGAGAAUAUUCAGGCUGGUGGGCGAUGGAUGGACUCAGGAAAUGAAGAUGGCAAGGAUAGUUCCAACAAAAGGAAAGUGGCUACAAAGCGCAGCAAGGGUGAGGUGCUUUCUCUAGUCAUUGACUAUAUUGUCUUUUUACGAAAGAAAGAAGAAUUUCAGGAGAGGUGUAUUCAGGAAUUGGAGGGGCGGAUUUGGACAUCGAGAAAGGCAUUGGAGUUUUGA